AUGGAACGCCUCUACGGGAUAUGUUUAAGAACAAAAACAGAUAAUUUAAAAAUAUAUAUUGUGGCUGUUGAGGCUAAUGUGGCUGUUGCGGCUGUUGCGGAUGUUGAGGCCGCAGCAGCUGUUGUGGCUGUUGCGAAUGCUGAGGUUGCAGCUGUUGCGGAUGUUGAGGCUGCUGUUGAUGACUGGUGA